AAAAUUAUGUGCACUAAUCUGAGCAACUUGUUUGCCUGCAUAAGGGCCCAGGGCAAUUCGGAUGCGGACGCAACUACCACAUCCCAUCAGCGGCAUAACGAGGAUGUGGACGAUGAAGCGCCCGGUUCCCGAUGGGAUCUGCAGCAGCAGAUCCAAAGGGUGCAUGUCCUCCACAAGGAGGAAAAUAAAUCCGUAGCGCAGCAACACGCACUUUCACUUACGCUUCCAGUUGUGCCUCCUUUGAAAGGAUGCAAUUGGCCCCCAUCACGAGACGUACGGGUCUCUCACGAAGCCCUGGAACGCUACGAUCAGAUUUUCGAAAGUCCUACCGAUGUACCCGCAGCAUUUGUUUCGGACAGAAAUAUUCCCGGUCAGUUCUAGGCCAAUGAAAUCAUAAAUCGUAAAUCAUAUCAAACUUGGAAUUUUAUUUAAAAAAAGAGUAAAAUUUGAUAAUUGGUAAGAAAUAUAUUUUUGGAAAUCGAACGAAAAAAUGACUAAACUAGUCGAAGCUACAGUGACUCUUAUAAAUAAAUUAAUCUAAAAGAAUGGCGAUAGUGGUAUGCCAUGGCUCG